CUCUGCCGCAUCCCAAAGUACUACCCAACUUUCUUUUUGUUUUCACUUUCAGCAAAACUCACUCUCAACCCAUACAUCUAUUUCAUACAGCAGGGUUAAUACUCAAACACAAUGGCCACCGAAAAGCCCUCCAUCGUAAUCGUCCAGGGGUCUUUCCAGACUCCCCUCGUCUACGCCAAAUUAGCAACGGGUCUUCGCAACCUAGGCUACUCCGUCAUCCAUCCAUCACUCCCCAGCUGCACCGAUGUCGAGGCCGAUGACUUUUCCUCUCGCACGAUGGAGGACGACGCACGCACUAUCACCGAAAUCCUGGAGCAGCUAAUCGAGAAAGAGGAAAAGUCCGUCGUCGUCGUAAUGCAUUCCUACGGAGGCAUAGUGGGUAGUACUGCUAUUCCCCAGUCUCUGGCCUAUACUUCCCGUCAUGCAGAGGGAAAGAAGGGCGGUGUUUUAUGUCUAUUCUACUAUGCAGCCUUUCUUCUAUCUGAGGGGGCAUCCGUCAUCGGGACAUUCGGCGAGUCGCCAAACAAUUAUGUGACUUCGGACGGGUGCUUCCGCAUCAAGGACGGGGCUAAAACUCUAUACAGCGAUCUCCCGGACGCUGAAGCAGCCCUCUGGGAAUCACGCCUCAUUCCGCAGUCUUACUUGGUGCAGACUACGCCCACAACUCGUGCCGCAUAUGAGUAUAUUCCCUCUACUUAUCUCAUCUGCGUGGGGGAUCAGGCAGCACCUGCUGCCUUCCAGGAGAGGUUUGCCCAGUUAGCUCGCGCGGAGAUUGAUCGCUGUACUGCGGGACAUUCUCCGAUGCUGAGCCAGCCGGAUAUGUUGGUGGAGAAGAUUGCGGCGGUGGUGGAUAAGGCGGCUGUGGCGUCUGUUUGAUAUAGCUUACGUUGGAGAGGGUCAAAGGUCAGAUCGUUUGGCAUUGUGACAUAGUCAUAGGUGGAUGGUGUUCCAGAUAGUUUGUUGGGAGCAUGAGGGGGCAAUGAGACAAUAUCCGGAAUGCAACAAACCCCGAUGAUCGGCGGUUAUCACCCCUCCCCCUCUUUUCUUGGCUGGCUGUCAGAUUUUAGUUCGAUCUCUAAGCACUAAUUAACCAG